AUGAAGCCUUUUGUUUAUCUUGAAAGAUACCGAGUCGUGAUAUGCAAGAAGUGUGGCUUCGCAUGCGUAUCCAAUGAGGUGCCUACUCAUCUACGGAUAAGACAUCGAUAUAUGACAACAACAAAUCGGAAUAAAGCAGCCAAAGACAUCCAGAGCAUUCCAGGCAUUAUAAAAAGUCAGUCUGAACUAGCUGACUUCCAAUUCCCACCUCCUACCGCCAACCCGAUCCCCUUCCUCUCUCCACCACAGCCAGAUGGACUCAAUUGUCGAAAAUAUCCAUAUAUUGCCCGGCAGGUCCAGAAAAUUCAGGCCCACUGUCGUGAUUGCCAAGACUGGCAUAACACUCAGGGUAGAGGAAGACCCAAAACAAGAGGCAUAGAGUCCCCACCUGAUCUUCCAUGGAGAGAAGGUGUCCUCUGUCAGCGUUUCUUUCCCUCAAGAGCAGCCAGUAGGUGGUUUGAGGUGGGCCGGAAGAUGGCGGGAUGUAAAUCAACGGGGAGGCCGACUGGCCCAACUUCUGCCGGUCAGUCAACGCAUCCUGCUAGUCUGACCCUUGAAACGCGAGAGCAUCUCCAAGGUGUGCUAGAUCGUGAAUUGAAGUAUAUGGAGGCAGAAAAUCAGCCCCGCGUAUACAGCAAGGCUCUAGGCGAUGAUUCGUUUGCAGCCACGAGUCUAUGGCUAGAACAAGCUAACACUAAGAUCAGACCAAAUUCACAUCAUUUUAUGGAGGUCUGGGACGCAUUUUAG